CCGCCACCAUGGAUUGUGUAACUGUAAUUUGGCCUGUAAAAACAGUUGUGCCCCAAAUUGCGGCAAAAUUCAACGAAUAAAAACACAUUUUUUUCUUAAAAAAACAUAUAAAGGGCAAAUUUAAGUCAACAAAAAUUCUGUCAAUGUCGGAACAAAAAUCUUUUUUUUGAGGUUAUGUCAGUGUCAAAAGAAGACACCCAAUUAUUUAAUGAUUAGGUGGCAGAAUGUCCACGUUGGACUAUUCCGAGAAGUUUCUACGUCUGGCAGCCCCCCGAAAAAGUGUCCAUCGUUGCAAAAUUUGCCUCUACUUUACCACGUCCUUUUUUCUCCUGAUGAACCACAUCAAGAGACACCGCUCAUCUGUCCUACCUUUCAACUGUGAAAACCCCAUAGCGGAAACCUACUUCUGCAAAGACUGUAACUUCCAGACCGAACUAACACUGUUAUUCAAACUCCAUAUCCGUGAAUGUCACACCGUUAAAAAAGAAAGCGAGGAGGAUUCGAGUGACGUUUACACCAUUAAAACCUACGUCUGCAAAAAGUGCGCCUUUGAAACACAGUUCUCAAUCAAGUGGCUUCGUCACUCCAGAACAUGCACAAAAAAUAGAAAAAAAUCCUACAAAAAAACUAAAAAAAGUGGAAAUGUUACGUGCUACAGUUGCGAUUUAUGUGAAUUCAAAACUAAGUACAAGUUUACAUUAAGUAUACACAAAAGUUUAAAACACUUAGACAAUUAUAAAAUCCGUUGGCACCACUGCGCUAAUUGUUCAUACAAAGCUAAGUACCGAUUCAGCCUAAAAAGACACAUCAUCGCCCACCAUUUAGACGAAAGCGAAAUUAAAUGGUACGAAUGCCAAAAAUGCCCCUAUAAAGCCAAAGAGCGCUGCAAUCUAAAAAGACACAUAAACGACCAACACCUGGACGAAAAAGACAUCAAAUGGUAUGAAUGCAAACAUUGCCCAUACCGAGCCAAGCAAAACUCGGCUUUAAAAAGCCACAUCAACGUGAAACAUCUAGAAGGGCAGCUGGGUAGAGGCUACGGGUGCAAAAAGUGCCCGUACAAAGCUGGAAGCAACUCUAACCUAAAAAGACACAUUAAUGCCCAUCAUUUGGACGACAAAGACGUCAAGUGGUACAACUGUGAAACGUGUUCAUACAAGGCUAAACAAAGGUCGUCUCUGCGGAGACACAUAAUUGCGCAUCAUUUGGAGGAGCAGGAGAUUAAAUGGUACCAAUGUGAGAAGUGUCCAUACAAAGCUAGACGAAAAAACCAUUUGAAAGAUCACAUGAGUGCGCGGCAUUUGGACGAGCAGGAUAUUAAAUGGUACAAAUGUGAGCAGUGCUCGCAUAAGACUAAGCGGAAUUCUGAUUUGAAAAAACACGUGAUUGCGCGACAUUUGGACGAGCAUGAUGUUAAGUGGUAUGAAUGCAAAGAGUGUCCAUAUAAAGCUAAGGAUAGUUUGCAUUUGAAAAGGCACCUGAAGGCGCAUCAUUUGUUUGAACGGGAUGGUAAAUAGUUGGGUGGUUUUUCCUGAAUUUUGUGAUGUUGUUUGUGAUAUAGGGCUAAUUUUGACCAGAUUGUACGUGAUUGUGGGUUUCAAGAAUCGUGAGUUAGUGUCAGCUUGUAAUAAUUUAUUGUAAAGACAUUUUUAAAAUGUUUGUUCGCAAGUUAUGUACCUGAAAGUAGGGUAAUACGUUUGAGA